GCCGCCCAUCAGGGAGCCGAACAUGCCCGAAAAGCGCGAGAAGAAGGACGAGAAGGAGAAGCGGCGCAAGAAGGAGAAGAAGGAGCCUGUAAUACGUACGGAGCGCGAAUCCGUCGAUAGUAGCGAGAACCGGGCGGCGAUGGCAGAUAACCCGACCGGCGACCCCGACGCGCCGUUUCGUUACGAGUGGGGCGUGAAACUCGCCGAGGAGGAACCGGCCGGCGAUAAGGAUAACUCCGCCGAAAAGGGCCAGCGAUACGUCACGAAGCGGCUUUGGGGAGUGAACCUGACGCAGCCGAAGCCGGAUGUCGGAGGUGCCGAGAGUCCCGGGGGAGCCGCGCACCGGAACGCCUCUCAGACCGUCGAGAGCGGCGAUACCGCGGCGAAAGUUGAAGAGACGGAGGAGGCUUGGAAGGCUCUCUCGACGCCGAAUGAGGAUCGCUCACCGGCGAGCAGCGAUCUCGUCAAGUCGCAGCGGGAGACGACCGAGGCGAGUUCGCCGACGCGUUUCCAAGUUCUCCGGAGGAUCAUGGAAGCGGUGCCGAGCGCGUCGAGGGAGACGACCGGCGACGACUGCAACGCGCCGGAGGAAGCGGCUACGGACGUCGAGAUCGCCGCUUGGCGCAGUCUCGCGGACAAAUCCAAGCCGGCCAUACAGGCCAUCCUGUCGGCCAUGCGGCCCGAGAUGCUGGAGAGGGUGUCCAUCCGUCCGGAAGCGCCGCGACCGAAAUUAGACGUGCGAGUCGUGAGAUCCGUCGAGGACAUUUCGGAGGACGACAAGGACCAGCAAUCCGCCGGCUGCAAGCUGAGCUCCAUCGGCCUUAAGCACGUGGAGAUACCGAAUAUGGAUAAUUACUCGCCCAGCAAGAAGCUGCACACCGCGAGUGCGCAUCGCGCGCUUUGGGAUUCGAACGGCGUCGCCCUCUCGGUGAACUCGACCUCCGCCGAGGAAAUCGCGGGAAUGAAAAAGCCGAAGAUCACGUUAACCUUCUCCACGAAUUCCGAGGAUUCCAAGGAGGAGGAGAUUAACGACGAUCAUCGACAGGACGGACAACGUAUCUGCUCGAGUCGGCAAAAUGGACGACAAAGCGACUGGAAAAGCCUCGAAGAGGAGAAGUUGAGCGAUUCCGACACGAGUAAUUCGUCGGAAAAAGUCGAAGCAACUCCGUCACUCGCGGAAUCCCAAGCAGCUUCGACCAACGAUUUCACCGAGAGCUUCGCUGUCGCGGACAAGGAGAUAGAAACGUCCACGAAGCAACCUCAGGGCGCCGAUCGCCCCGCGCGAGAAGAGGAAUCUCGCGUCGAGGAGGUUCGCGGCGAAACGCAGGGAAGAAGCUCCGAGGAUUCUCACGUCAGCCGUGAUCGCGCAGAAAGAGGAUACGACAAGGACGCUCCGGACGUUGCAACCACCGACGACGGUCCGAGGAAAUCGCACGAGGCCGGCGAAUCUAGGUUCGCGAGCGCUAAGAACCUCCUUCCCGAUUCUAACGCGGAGAAUCCGAGCGACGACGAUGACGAGCAGUACGUCACCGACGGCGAUUACGUGCGAGUAUACGGCGACCCCUAUCCUUACAGCAAGGAGAACCUGGACAAGUGGCGGAUGCCGGUGUCCAGGAGCCUGCUCUACAAGCCGAUCAAGCGGGGAGCCCUUCCCUCCGAGCGGUCAACCCCGAGGAGGAACGCUAACGACGCGUGUGCCAACACCGCCAGGCGGUCGUGCGGUUCUCACGCCGCUGGAACGAUUUUGACGAUGAGGAGCUCGCGGAGGUAUCUGUAAAAAUCACAAGCGUCACCAAUCAUGAAUCAAAAUUGCAGAUAUGACGUCCCCGAGUUGCCAA